UUCGAAGGCAUUUUUCUGCUGACCAAUCGACGACGACGAGCUCCUGACCAUCGAGGGCGAAGCCGUAUCGGGCAUUUGGUCACAGAAGACAGCCAUAUGGCACACCGCCCCUGGUCGGAGCUGCCGGCGCUCGCGCUUCUCGCCGUCCUUCGCCGCCUCCCCUCCCUCCUCGAUCUUUUCGCCUUCGCUGCCGUCUGCCGCUCCUGGCGCUUCCUCCUACGCUCUUCCGCAGCCCUUCUCUACCUUUCCUCCCGCCCUCCUCUCCUCCUCCGCCCCCCUUGUCAUCUCCAUCGCCGCCAAGCUCGACCUCUCCUCGCAGCUGACGAGAGCGAUGGCUUCUCCCUCUACGCCCUCGACGACCUCCGAACCCCGUACAGAUCCCUAUUUCCGGUUUCGUCCGCCGCCGCCGACGACCUUUGUCUCGCCUACUCCCACGGCUACCUCAUCCUCCUUCGUGGCCGCCCCCGCAGCGACCCCGUCCUCGCCGACGUCCUUACCGGCGCCGAGAUCCUCCUCCCGGCUCUCCCCCCUGACCGCGUCUCCUUCUAUUACGGGACCCUCACGGCGCCACCGGCCUCCCCCGACUGCUGCCUCCUCCUCUUCUACUCCAGGUACUCCCUCAUGUGCUGCCGGAUAGGAGAACCUCACCCGGAAUGGGCACGGCUUCCCCUCAGGAAGGGGCAAUCCUACAUCGCCCGCGUCCUCCGCUUCAAAGAUCGUAUCUUUGCCAUAAGCAACAUCGGAAGGCUUCUAACUUUGGAGUUCGUUCCCGAGUUCAAGGUGGAGCGGCUGGACGUGGGAGGGCUUCACCCGCCGGCGGCUUACGAUCGGUGGCACUUCGGGCCCCAGCUGGUGGAGUGCGGGGGGGAGCUUUUGGCGGUCCUCUUCGUCCAAGAGGGCCGCCCGUGGAUCACUGGCAUCCAUGUGUUCAGACUAGACUUUGGGAGGAUGGAGUGGGCGCAGGUGGAGAGCUUGGGCGACCACUGUUUGUUCAUCGACUGCGGAGGGAAAUGCCCUGUUUCCGGCGUCGAUCCGAGCUGCUGGGGAGGGAGAAGCAACUGCGUCUAUGUGGCGGCGCCUGGAUGCGAUGCAUGGGUGGAGUAUUCCUUGGAUGACAAGACCUGGAGCCAAGUCUCCGUGAGUAGUGGUGAUACCAUCUCCAGAAGGCUGUUUCGAGCACAGUUUCUGGCACAGUUGGGGGAGCCUCGAUGGCCUUCCCCUAUUUGGGUCUAUCCAAGUCUCUUCUUUUGGAGGGAUGGCAUGGAAAUGUAGUCGUGUCAAUUACAUAUGUAGCUUGAUAUUAUGGAUUGAUAACUAUUUGCAGCGUA